CGUUUUAGUGGGGGAAAAAAAGUUUCCACGUGUGGUGAACCCUGAAGCCAAAAGCACCUGUCGUGGAAAAAUGCGCAGGGGCGCGCGCUCCUCCCGCCUGUUGGCCAGAAAACUUCCCUUAUCUUCCGGUGCUCGGGAGCGCACUAAGUCAACACGUUUUGGGGACGCGAGUCCAGAAGAAGAAGAAGGAGGAGAAGAAGUGUGGAAAGUCGCUCACAGCCGAAGAGGAAAAGAAUAUCUUGGCUGUGGACCGUAGUGACGCACGCCGUGGAGCUGCAGAGGGGAAGUCGACUUUUAACAGACAGGAGAUCAUUUCGAUGCCUCUGAGCCGAGCCAGUUAGCCUACUCCGGGGGGAGAGGGGAGGAGGGAGGGAGGUUUUACGGUUAAAAGGCACGAUGCUCCAGGCCUCCGACAUGAUCAACCUGGGCUUCCUGUCGGACUCUGAGCGGGAGCUGAUCCAGGACGUCCUGCAGCGGGACGAGGCGCUGAGGCAGGCCGAGGAGCAGCGCGUGCGGAGUUUGAAGACGGAGUUGCUGGACGCGAAGAGGAAAGGGGCCAAGCGCGGCAGCGGCAGGUACAGCGAGCACAGCUGUGGCCGAUGCCUGGAGCCUCUCCGUCGACUGACCCUUUCCUCCAGCCAGUGUAGGAUUUGCAACCACCACGUGUGCACCAAGUGCCGAACAGUCUUCCCCAAAGGGUCCUGGCUGUGCACCGUGUGCGCAAAGGAGUCGGAUCUAAAGAAAAGGACGGGCGACUGGUUCUACGAUCAGAGGGUCAACCGUUUCUCCACGACGCCCGGACACGACCUCGUGAGAGCCUCCCUGAAAAGGAGACCGCAGGGGAACAAGCGCGAGACAACGGGAGAAAUCCUUUUGAGAAGCACUGAAAUAAAGCAGGAGCCUCCGGUGCCUGUGCCACGGGUCCGGCAGAAAGAUCCGAUUCCCGCGAACAAAGAGUGCGUCGUCAUCAGUCGUGUGAAUAAAAAGAAUUCCGGAUCGAUCGCUUCCACACGCAGCGACUCUGAGUCUGCAGAAAGCAGCAGUGUGUGUAGUAGCAAACCAGACGCCGAGUCGGCCCAUCAGACCCCGGAGCGACAAAGGAGGAGAAACCCGUUCACGGCUUCGUCCAGCCCGGCAGGGUCCACUGUUUCCAGUCUGACCGCUCCAGACAAAGUAGAUGUCGUCAGUGUUGACGGCGCCGACUUGGAAGCCAACAGCGCCCCAGAAGUAAAUCCGGUCAGCCAGAGCCCGGAGAUGGACGUCGACCGACUCUUCAAGAAGAGCAUCAAACGGGACGCGAAGCCUGCUGAGUACGUAUCCACUCUGGACCUGCGGGACGCGUCUGAGGCCUCGAUGGGCAGCAGGAGCCGCUCUGUGCCGGGCCUGGACCUUCAGGAAGGGGGAGAGGAGGAGGAAGACAUCGACCGCCUGGUUACCUUCCACAAAAGGACGAUGGCUUCCAGCUCCUACAGCCUGCACAGCUCAAAGAGCACACUCGGCAGCCUGAUGAGCAUUUACAGCGAAGCCGGAGACUUUGACAGCGUGGACGUGAGCGGAGACCUCGUCUUCUCUCUGAGCUACGAGGAGCACACCCAGAGCCUCCACGUCUUCAUCAAGGAGUGCCGCGGGCUGGCCUACGGCGACGCCGCCAAGCAGCUCUCCCACCCUUAUGUGAAAUGCUAUCUGCUCCCCGACAAAUCUCGCCAAAGCAAGAGGAAGACCAGCAUCAAGAGGAACACGGUGAACCCCGUCUACGAAGAAACCCUGAAGUACUCCAUCGGCCGCACUCAGCUGGUCACUCGCUCCGUCUUGAUCUCGGUCUGGCAUUACGGCCGCUUCAGCCGCAACGCCUUCCUCGGAGAGGUGGAGAUCACCCUGGACACCCGAGACCUCGACUCGCCGCACACGGACCGCGUGGUUCUCAUGGGGAAGGCUCCCUCUGGUGGGCCGUCUUCAGCGUUUGCUCUGUACAAAGGGGAACUGGUGAUCUCCUUGAAGUAUGUCACACCUAAAAUGCCCAAACCCGAGAAAGUCAAAGGCAAAAAGGCGGCAAUUGAGGGAGGAGAACUCCACGUCCUUAUUAAAGAGGCACAGAAUCUGAUUGCAAUGAAACCAGGAGGCACCUCAGAUAGCUUUGUGAAAGGGUGCUUGUUCCCGACGAAGGCCAAGACCACAAAGAAGAAGACUCCCGUGGUGAAGAAGAACCUGAACCCCCACUAUGACCACACGUUUGUGUACAAGGAGGUGUCUCUGGAGCAGCUGCAGGAGAUGUGUCUGGAGCUGACGGUGUGGGACAGGGAGGCCAUGUCCAGCAACGAAUUCCUGGGCGGAGUUCGCCUCGGCUCCAAAAAAGGCACUGUGAAGGCAGGAAAAGUGGAAGUGGAGAUGGACUCGGUUGGAGAGGAAGUCAGUUUGUGGGAGAAGAUGAUGCAGUACCCGGACUCGUGGGCAGAGGGCGCUCUGCCUCUGCGCUCCACUAUGUUGAAGGGAAAAUGAGGCUAUGCACGCCGGCCUGCGCCCCGUUUAUUACUUUUGCCAUUUAAUCAGACCAGUGAACCUACAUGCAGGUUUGUAAGCAGACCCGCAGCUCACUGGCCUGCUGAACAUCGGGUUUGCCUUUAGCAGCCCCCCCCCCCCUUCCCUCUCUCACCCCUCUCCCCCACUCCGACUGUGGAAUGGUGUAACUGCUGAA